AGAAAUGAAUGGUUUAGAAGAUUAAUGGAGGUGAAAUCAGAGGAUCCCAAAAAAGCGCUCAGAGAACGCAUAUGGGAGGUGAUGGAGAGAGAGCAGCUUGUUCCAUACCCACUCCCCCUCACAGGCCGUAUCCCCAACUUCUACAACAGUAAAAGUGCAGCCUACAAACUGUGUUCCACAGGAGAGUUCCGCUCUGCAACUACCAUCAAGAUACACCCCAGCCUCAAUGCUGAACCACUGCGGCACCUCGCUCUAAAGUUCGGUAAAAAGGUCCUGACCCCACCGUUACCCGGGCACGAUUUCCUCUACUACCUACUUGAUCCAGCGUGUAUUGAACCUGCCUUCCACAAGUUUGCUGCCAGUAAGAGAGGGUUCAACAAGUUAGGUAUUCGCUGUAAACUCUCGGAAAUACCUCCAGUAGAUCUGGUGGUGGUAGCAAGUGUUGCCUGUACUCUGCAGGGUGCUAGAGUUGGUAAAGGUAAGGGCUACGGAGAGGUGGAGUAUGGGAUACUCAGGGAAAUGGGUGUGGUGGACGACAAUGUGACAAUUGCUACUGUUGUUCAUGAUGCACAGGUUGUGGAAGGUAGUUGUUUGCCCCUGGAGUCUCUGUCGUGUCAUGAUGUCCCCGUUGAUAUUAUCUGUACUCCAACUAAAGUGAUCAGAACUAUGACUAGUGUUCCAAAGCCGGGAGGGAUAUUUUGGGAACUUAUUUCCGAGGUGAUGAUGGAUGAUAUCGGGGCGUUAAAAGAAUUGAAGUCGUUGAAACAGAUCUGAGUAGGAUGAAAAACUGAGCAGUCUUUAGUUAGUUUCGCUCAGAAACUUAGCAGUCUUUAGUUAGUUUCGCUCAGAAAGAAAUAAAAUCACUUUUUGUAGCACUGUUAGUACCUUAUCAUCA